AUGCGGAAAGGGGGGACAGCAGGGACCGGUGUCACCGCAGAGCGGGACACACACGCACACACCACACAGGGAUGCGCUUCCCUACCUCUCCCCGCCUCCCCCCCACCCAGCCCCCGCAAGGCGCAGGCGGUCGGUCCCCGCCGCGCACCCCCCCGGGGCGGCCCCGCGCUCAGCGCCCGCCCCCGCGCACCGCCCCCGCCGGCGCCGCGCCCGGCCCCGCCGCCCCCGCCGCCCCCCGCCCCCGGCCCGCACGUGGGGCUGCGCCAGGCGGCACCGCGCGACCCCCGCCCGCCGCAGAACUGCCCCCCCCGCACCGGUGUCCCGGUCCCCCCCUGCUCCGCCCCCCUCCACCCCCCCGGGGGCGGGCAGGUGCAGCGCCCGGUGCCGCGGGGCUCCGCUGCCCCCUCCCGGCCCCGCACCGGGCUCCGUCCCCGCUUACCUGGGGGCCAGCCCAGCCGGUGCCUUACCUCCUGCGGGCCCCCGCGGCUGCCGGGCCGGGCAGGGGCCCCGCGGCUCCCGGCGGGGCCGGCGCCGGUGUCGCAUCACACCGGUCGCCACAGCAACAGCGGCGUUGUCAUUGACAGCAGCAUCCGCGCCCGCCAGCAUCCGCCGCUGCGCAAGGCCGCACGCUGCUGCAAGGCCACACGCUGCUACGGGGGGCUCAAGCCACAACCCCCCUCGACACCCCCCUUAUCGCUCACUUACACCCCCAAGUACCUGCAGAGAGCUUUAGGCAAUUAA